AUGCGACGACGGUCCCUGAAGCUGACACAGCUCCUUUUCCCAAGCGACGGAAAGCGCCCUCGCGGCAGCCGAGGCGAAGGUGGGAGGGGGUUUCGAGAGGCGGGCCAGCUUCGAGAGGCGGUCCUUCCCCGCGGAAGAGCCCGCGCAUGGUCUUUAGCGGCCCUGCCGGACAUGGCCUCUCGCUGGGUUUUUGCGCUAAGGCGCAAAGAGGGAGCCAAGUCGCUGCUCCUCUUGCGCGGGGCGCAAGGAAGCUCUCCUCGCAGCCGGAGCAGCAGCAGCGCUGCCGCCGUGGCCGGGUCCCCCCCCGGAGACCACCUAAUAUACACGCAGGAGCAUUUCGCCUUGAGGGCGUCUCUGAGAAAGAUUAUUGACAAAGAAAUCAACCCAUUUGUGGACAAAUGGGAAGAAGAAGGACAGUUUCCAGCACACCAAGUUUUUAAGACUCUGGGGAAAGCUGGAUUCCUUGGAGUGAAUAAGCCAACUGAAUAUGGCGGUCUUGGCCUGGACUUCUCAUACAGCAUUGCAGUGGCUGAAGAACUGGGAAAUAUUCGCUGUGGAGGGGUUCCCAUGGCGAUUGGAGUACAAGCUGACAUGGCAACACCUGCCCUUGCAAGAUUUGGAUCUGAGGAGCUGAAAAGAGAAUUCCUUGCCCCAAGUAUAGCUGGAGAUGUUGUGGCUUGCUUGGGAGUCAGUGAACCUGGCGCAGGCUCAGAUGUUGCAAGCAUCAAGACGAAGGCUGUAAGAAAAGGAGAUGACUAUGUUGUAAAUGGUGGCAAAAUGUGGAUUACAUCUGGAUGUCAGGCAGAUUGGAUGUGCUUGCUGGCAAACACGAGCGACGGACCACCUCACAGAAACAAAUCUCUUCUGUGUCUGCCGAUGAAGCUACCUGGUGUUCACAUUGCUAAGAAAAUCGACAAGAUGGGCAUGCGGUCAUCCGACACGGCACAAAUCUUUUUUGAAGAUGUCAGAGUUCCCAGAAAAUACCUCAUUGGGGAGGAAGGAAUGGGCUUUACGUACCAGAUGUUGCAAUUCCAAGAGGAGCGAAUGUGGGGAGUAGCCAACAUUUUGAUGCCACUGGAAAAUGUGAUACAAGAGACGGUUGAUUAUACUCGCCAGCGUAAGGCAUUCAACCAGCCAAUACUUCAUAACCAAACAGUGCACUUUCGUCUGGCAGAAUUAGCGACGGAGGUGGAACUCCUUCGAUCUUUACUCUAUCGGGCUAUUGCUCUUUAUAUCUGUGGCAAUGAUGUGACCAAAUUUGCAUCCAUGGCUAAAUUGAAGGCAGGGCGUCUGGCUCGGGAGUUAACAGAUAGUUGUCUCCAGUUCUGGGGAGGAAUGGGGUUCACUAAUGAGGUGCUGGUGAGCAGACUCUACAGAGACUCUAGAUUGCUCUCCAUAGGAGCUGGUGCUGAUGAGGUCAUGCUUUCUAUUAUAUGCAAGUACAUGGACAUCUUACCAAAGAAGUAACUCCCAGGACUCCUGCUGAUCUCUGCUUACAUUUCAGUAAGCUAAAUUGGGUAGAUUUUGUGAGGAAAAAAUACCCAAAAGAUCUAUUCUAAGAGUUACUUACCUUGAAUGUUCUUAACUUUCAUGUUGCUGGGAUUGUGCCUUAUAUGUUAAUACCAUACCUAAUCAUUGCCAGAAACAAACAUGCAACCUUAUUUUACCUCAAAUAUUAUAUGGCAUGACCUAUGCUCACUCUCUGGUUGGGCAGAGAGAUGGGACUACUUCUCUGGCUAUUCUUACAAAGCUAAAACAUUUUAAAUACGUCACAAAAACCAGAGCUUUUAGCAGAAGCUUCUGGUGAAAGAUUGCUUGAGCCACACAGCUUCUGCACCUUUGCCAGAACAAUGAAAAUUU